AUGGAUUUGCUUGUCACAGAAGAGCAAGAUUCAGGCAGCGAAGAAAGCAUUGGGUCACCAAAAGAAACAUUCUUGCACCUUUCAAAAGUUAGCUCAAUUCCUAUGAAUGUGAGCGACUUGAACCUGUCGCGCAACUUGAGCGUUCUGUGGAACACGAGCGGUGGCCUGAACUUUGACUUGAUCCUGAAGUUCGAGCGCAAUUUACGGCUCGACGGAACUCUGCUCGCCACUCUUCUGCUCGUUUACGGCGCCGUCAUCACCGUGGGUGUGGCAGGCAACUCGCUCGUCGUGCUCGCCGUCAUCAGGAAGCCCGCCAUGAGGACCGCCAGAAAUGUCUUCAUCAUCAACUUGGCCAUCUCAGACCUGGUGCUUUGUCUGGCCACCACUCCACUCACGUUGCUCGAGAUCGUCCCUCAAUACUGGCCGCUCGGGGACACCCCCUUCUUGUGCAAGCUGGUGGGCACUCUGCAGGCCACGUCCAUCUUCGUCUCCACCAUAUCCAUCACGGCCAACGCUCUCGACAGAUACUAUGUGAUUCUUCGCCCGACGCGUCGCGCGCUGGGCACCUCGGGGGCGCUGCUGACCUUACCGGGCAUUUGGGCGUGCGCGCUGUUGCUGGCGAUGCCACAGUUCCUCUUCAGGACGCUGCAACACCACGACAUUGGCUUGCCAGGUCUCGACGCCGUCAACUUCUGCUUCGAAGAAUGGCCUGUAGACCACGGACGAGGAUACUACAGCGUCUUCGUGAUGCUCGUGCAGUUCUUCGUGCCUCUUCUCACUGUCACCAUCUCCUAUGCCAGGAUUGUUCAUAAACUUAAAUUCCGUAUGACCAAAACUGUUGUCCGAAACGGUAAUAAGACACGAAAAGACGAAACUCGUAACAGGAAAACCAAUAUUCUUCUUAUUUCAAUAGCGAUUAUCUUUUGCUUAUCGUGGUUACCUUUGAAUAUGUACAACAUAAUUGCUGAUUUCUCGAACCCAUUCGGCGAUGACACGGACGCCAUGUUGAUGGUGUACGCCAUUUGUCAUUUGUUAGGCAUGUCAUCUGCCUGCUCCAAUCCUGUGCUUUACGGAUGGCUCAAUCUCCUCCUCCAAGAGUGGUAG